AUGGGUCCAUUCACCAGGUCUAUUACUAGAGCAGCACGGAAGGACAUUACCAGAUCUAUCUAUACUGGCAAUAGCAGAGCUACAGCAAAGCCCAGAGUCAGCAAGCAAGGAAAAGAAACUCAGAGGAACAUCAUUUCUACAACAGCAAAGGAUGCUAUAAACUCGGAGUUUAUCGAUACCGAUACAACACCCGACUCGACCAUGACUGACCUUGCAAACAAAAAAUGGACUUCUUGGUCCGCCCACUCAUGCUCAUCACCGUACCCAACCUUUGCUCACCCGACUCCCAACGAGUGUAAGGCCGCCCAUACUGUCUUGCAAAGAAUGCAUCAUGAAGCCGUUGCCCAAGAGCUUGCAGACCCAGACACCCCUGAAACCAUUGCCAACGUCCUCGACGCCAUGAUCAUCGCAAUUCUUUCCCAAGCAACUUCUUGGAGCAAUGCGAAGUGCGCCAUGGCAGGUCUUCGCAGCACAUAUGGAAAUUUGUUCGCCUAUGACGAGAUCCUGGCAAAAGGAGAGGAGACACUGCAACAGGCGCUUCGGCCCGGUGGUCUACAUAUCCGCAAAGCCAAGAUCAUCACAACCAUACUCAACCAGGUGCAGGCACAAAACAACAAGUCCUGGGAUCUGAACUACAUCAUCGAACUUCCAAACGAGCAAGCCAUGGAAAAGUUGCUCCAGUACAAGUAUAUUGGAUCCAAAUCUGCCGGUGUGGUCUUGUCUUGGUGCUUGAAGCGCAAUGUGUUCAUCGUAGACUCGCAUUGUUAUCGCAUCGCUAAGCUUUGGAAUUGGGUACCGAAAGAGGCGACAGUCGAAAAGAGGCAACAGCAUCUGGAUGCGAUGAUUCCAACCGAGUUAAAAUUUGAUUUGCACUUUUUGGUUAUCGCGCAUGGCAGGAGCUGUCGGGUCUGUAGGGGUGGGAGUAAAGUCGGGGGCCUGUGUGAUGCGCAGAAAGAGACAAAGAUGGAGCUCAAAGUAGGCUAUUGA